AUGCGGUCGUCGCGGGCGAGCGGCUUGGCGAAGGCCGGCGCUGGCCAGGGGGCAGCGCGCGCGGGCCGUCGUCAAGCAGGGGUGUGCGGGCGUGGUCAGGGCGGCCGGCACGUGCGGGCGUCGGUGAGCGAGGCCAUGGCCGAUGCGGUGAGCACGUUCGGGGCCCGGUCGGCGAGUGUGCACAGCGACGGAGGGGAAGAGGUGGAGGGGGAGAGGCCCGGGGCCUCACCGGGGUUCGCAGGGUCAAGGGCCGCGGUGCUCGAGGUGGGGGACGGGGACGACGUGGACGGAGUGGAGGCAGACCGAUCAACCCUAGCCCCGCUCCUCCGCGCCGCCGGACGUGUCCGCUCGGCGCCGGACACGACCACCGCCACCUCACCCCGGCCAAUCCCCCGCCGCCACGUCACCCCGCCGCCGCUCUCCUCCAACCGCGCGCCGCCGCGUGUCCGCCUCUCUCUCCUCCCCGCCGCCGACCCGCGCGGCCCAGGGCAGGCCCACUCGGGCCCGAGCUCCGCCGCCCGGUGCCCGGCUCCUCCCGCACCCACCUCGCCGCGCCUCGCCGCCAACGCUCGUCUCCGCUGCCGUCCGACGCCAUCACCGGCGCUCCCCACCGCCACGUCGCCGUCCGCCGGUCGCUGGACCCGCGCCGCCCCUCGCCGCCUCCUCCACUCCCGCCGGCGUCGCGCCCCCGGGUCGCCGCCCGACGCCCUCGCCGACCGCCUCCGCGUCAAGCCCGUCCUCGAGCUCCGGCGAGCAGCUGCCUCAGCGUCCGUGCCCACCGAUUCCUAG